GGGCCGGUUCGGGUCACAACGAGUCAUCCACAGUGAAAACUAAAAAGUCCAUCGAGUCCAAAAGCUUACAUCUGAUCUCUCUCAACAAACUAACACUAGCGCACAUUAGCAAUCUCCGCCGUCUAACCCACCGUGUGAUUAACGUUAAUGGAGUCUCUGUUCGACACGAUCAAUGUUCGAGACCUUCUCUCGGCCCAAGAUCUCUCCGACCCGAAUUCCCCUCUCUCGGCGCCGGAUCUUCGGCUCCUGAUCCAGCGCCUCGAGUCUCAUUCCCUUCAGAUCCGGUCGCAGGUGCAGUCCUACCUCGUAUCGCACCGCAACGACUUUGCAAGCCUCUUCUCCCUCUGCAACGACGCCGUUUCGCAGACGCGCCACGUCUCCGAUGAUGUUUCCGGCAUUCUGCGCCUUCUUUCCGACCGUCCGAUCGACGUGGAAGUACGCGAGGUGGUGGAGGAGAUGAAGGCGAAGAAGGAGGAAUUGAAGGUGAAGAGGGAGCUGUUAGGGUUGGUUGGGACCGUUGUAGCACUGAACCAGAGGUUGGAGAGCGUGAGGGAAGCGUUGAGCAGUGGAAGGUUCCAAUUCGCUGCUCAAGGGUUGAAGGAGUUGAAGGCGGUGUUGAGGGUCGGUGAUGAGGAUGAUAGGGAGCCUUUGGUGUAUGGCUUGUUGAGGAAAGAGUGGUCUCAUUGCUUUGAAGAGAUUCAAGAAGUUCUUGUGAAGUUUAUGGAAAGGGCUGUACGAUUUGAUGGGGACUUGAAUCAAGUUGAAGUCAAAUAUCAUUUAAAAGUUGAUACUAUGAAUGGAAUUCUGUUACAAACAGUUAUUGAGGCAAUGGAUGAGGUUGGUAUUCUUGAGUAUGGGCUUGCUAAAGUUGCAGAUUUGAUGAUCAAGCAUGCCAUCACUCCUUUUGUAAAUCGCAGACAACCUCUUUCUUUUUUAGAGGAAUUGAAUGCAGAAUCAGCUGUAUUGAGGAUAGUUCCAUCACCAGAUAAUAAGCUUGAAUAUUUGGAUGGGGAGUUUCUCUAUUCAGGGAUUCUUCUGUUUAUCAAAUUUAUUUACAGAACCAUUUGCUUCCAGAACAGUUCUUGGACCCGAUGUUUUGGAAGGUUGACAUGGCCCAGGAUAUCAGAACUAAUAAUAUCUAGCUUUCUGUCAAAGGUUGUCCCAACAGAUGCAUCAAAACUUCCUGAUUUUCAGAAGAUCAUCAAAUGUACAUCUGAAUUUGAGAGAGCUUUAAAAGAGCUUAUGUUCAUUUCAGCAUCAGAUGACAAGGAUAACAGGCUGAGCAAUUUUGCUGAAAAUGUUGAGGUGCACUUUGCAUUUAAGAAAAAGACCGAGAUCUUGGCUAAAGCUAGAAAUCUGCUCCUAGAAUGUGACUUCUCCAUUCCUCAAGAGUAUACUAGGGAUGGUUCUGUUUGGAAGAAUGAUAGAACUUCUGUCCAGUCAUCCAGCCAUGUGGUAGAUUUGCUUUUCUUAUCAGAGAGGUGUUUGGUAUCCAAAGCAGCCAAACAAUUGAUGGAGCUAGUUCAUCAGACGCUGCAGGAUGUUUGCCUGUCAUCUACAAGAGUUGCUUUGGAAUUUUAUUAUGCAGCUAGAGAUGCUUUACUUCUUUAUGAAGUAGUUGUCCCUGUCAAGCUAGAGAGGCAGCUUGAAGGCAUCAAUCAAGUAGCUGUUAUGAUGCACAAUGACUGUCUUUAUCUCUCCCAAGAGAUACUUGGGUUUUCAUUUGAGUAUCGAACAGACUUUCCAAGUUCCAUGAAGGAGCAUGCUGUGUUUGUUGAUUUGGCUCCAAGGUUUCAGCUUUUGGCAGAAGAAAUACUGCAGAGACAAGUUCACCUUGUUAUAUAUAAUUUGAAGGAGGUUAUAGAUGGUGCUGAUGGAUUUCAGAAUACUCAUCAGAUGCAACAAUUUGAGUCAGCUAAAUUCAGCAUUGACCAGGUUGUUUUCAUACUGGAAAAGGUGCGUAUCAUAUGGGAGCCACUUUUGCUGCCUACAACUUGCAGAAAAUGCAUGUGCACAGUCUUAGAGUCAGUUUUCUCAAGAAUUGCAAGAGAUAUACUUCUAUUGGAUGACAUAGCUGCGGAGGAGACUUUACAGCUACAAAGACUUGUUCAUUUAAUGCUAGAAAACGUAUCAUCUUUACUUGAGUCCUUGGCCGCUGAGGAUCAGAAUUCACUUGAGUUCUCUCCGGAGACUCUUGAAGAUUUUAUCCCAUCUUUACGUAAAAUCCGCAAACUAUCAGAAUUGUUAGAUAUGCCUUUAAAAUUCAUUACAGCUUCUUGGGAGAAUAAAGAAUUGCUCUCUUGUGGCUUUACAAUAACUGAGGUGGAAGAUUUCAUAAAAGCUAUAUUUACAGACUCACCUUUAAGAAAAGAUUGUUUAUGGAGGAUACAAAAUGCGAGCUUUUAGGAUUCAUCUAAAUUCCUAUGAAAUCUACGAGGGUCAAAGAACAUACUGGAGUUUGAGAUUAGAAAUUCAGAGAUGUUACUCCAAAGCAAAAGCGAGUUUGAGCUGCUGCUCCAAAUAUUUCAGUAGCAGAAAGUAAGUGCGGCUUUGACGCGGAUUCACACUGAUAAAUUUUCCAAUUGGGGGAGCCUUCCCCAUGUAAGAUUUUGUUGACGUAAUUCCAUGCUUAGCACUUUGAAUUUAUAGUCUUCCUCCCGUUAAAGCAAAAACUUUGGGAGGGAGUGUUGUGCAGACUUGAGUCUAGUUUUCAUUGUAGAGCAUUCUAAACUGUUGCAAAUUAAUAGGAAACACGAGAUAUGAAUUUAAUGGUAGAUGUAUACAUGUAAUGCUACUACUACAAGGCGGAUUUUCAGUGAGACAAUUUUUAGAUGUAGAUGAGCAAUUGUGGUUCAAAUGUUGGAAAUAGCAUUUUUCCAUUGGAUCCG